AUGUCUGCUCAGGAUCGCGUUCAGAACUACAUCGGUCAGCUCGAUCGCGAGCUGUCCAAGUACCCCGCCCUUAACAACCUCGAGAAGCAGACCAACGUCCCCAAGGCCUACGCCGUCGUCGGUGUUGCCGCCCUCUACUUCUUCCUCAUCGUCUUCAACCUCGGCGGUCAGCUUCUGACCAACAUUGCCGGCUUCGUCAUUCCCGGUUACUACUCCCUGAACGCCCUGUUCACUGCGAACAAGCAGGACGACACCCAGUGGCUGACUUACUGGGUCGUCUUCGCCUUCUUCACCGUUGCUGAGAGCCUUGUCAACGUCGUUUACUGGUUCCCCUUCUACUUCACCUUCAAGUUUGUCUUCCUCCUGUGGCUGUCUCUGCCCGUCUUCCGCGGCGCCGACAUCGUCUUCAACUCCUUCCUCUCUCCCAUGCUUGCCAAGUACUUCACUGGCUCCACUGCCUCCGGCCUCCGCGCCCAGGCUGGCAAGGCCGAGUAA